UGAAAUAUCUCAUUUCCGGUUAUAAAAAAAUCAACAACCAGGAACUUGUGAAAUAGAAAAGUCAAAAUUUACCUAAAUCGAAAAGAUGGCAACUGAAGCAAUAGAGUUAGACUUAAGGGGACUGCCACCAUAUACAGCUGUCUCAUGGGCUCAGUUCGAACAAAAUCCGCGAAUACUGUAUAAUUUGUUUGAACCAACCAUCCGACCAGGAGGAAACUACAUUUCAGACAAAGUGUUUGACAUGACUGGCGCGAAAUUAAAUCAAAAACUUUGUGAAUUGAAAGUGGACAAUGUUGAGGAGUUACACAGAUUGACCAGGGAUCUGCAUAGAAUGCCGAUUUUGUUUCGAGUGAAAGUAGAGCAUACAAGGACAGAUCAUUAUGUUGUGAUGAAAGUUAGAAAGAAGUGGCGAGAUGAAUUUGCCAUCCUUGUUAAUACACAACAUCCACAGAUCAGAGAAAUUUUAUCUAGACGCCUGUCAGAAGCAAUGCAGUAUAUGACAGAAGGAAAAAACUUUUGUUUAAAGAUUGGAUUUGGCCAGAGUGUUCGUCAGUGGUACAGUGGUAUUGUAGAUUCAGAGGUUACCCUUUGUGACAGUCGGUCCAACAGUGAUGAUGGUAACAUGAGUAUUUAUAUCCACAACUAUUCCACCCCAAUGGACUGUUGUAUGCAUCCACUGUGUAUCUUCUGUUGUUUCCCAUUCUGGUUACUCUGUGGUGGACCAUGUUACUUUGUAAAUCGUAAAGUAAAAUGCACCGAUGUUGUAGAGCAUGUGAGAGAUCUGCCUGUCACCAUGGUAACAGGACAAAGAACCAUAUUGAUUGAGCACCAUAUCCAACCUGAACCUUGUGCACAAGCAGAUCAGUAUCAACAUCAACCUCCUGUGGGUGGUCAUCCUGGUCAACAGAAUGGGAUGCCAUAUAACAAUGCCCUUCCCCCACCACAAUCUGCACAACAAAUGCAACAUGGGCAGUAUGGAGGUCAACAAAUUCCAUGUGUGCAGUUUGGAGGUCACCAAGUUCCACCUGUGCAGUAUGGGGGCCAACAAAUUCCACCUGUCCAGUAUGGAGGUCCUCAAAUGGCAAAUCCUCCACCAUAUUCUCCAUAAUUUUACAAUUUUGGAUUAUUUAAAGUGUAUUUUGAUCCCGGUGAUAUACUAUGACAUUUUGAGAGAAAAAAGUAAUGGUAAAGCAAUUAAUACAAUUAUAAUCACAAUUUAUUUUGUACUUAAUCAUUAUAUUAUAAUGUAGAAACAAUAAGUGCUAAGAUUGACCAUAACUUUUGUAACAAUUUUAAUCAUUGAUGAUGAUCUUGUAUGAAACUUGGACUUAUAUUUAUUGACUAUGAUUAGGAUAACUGUUAUAGGGACAAUAGGGUAGACUAAAUUUCAUGUCAUGUAUUUAUUUUCUUGAAGAAAAAAACUUUCAGAAAUGUUGGAAUGACUUUGUGCUAUAUAAUAUUUAAGAACAAAGUAUCAGUUAGAUUUUUCAAGAAAUAAUUGUAAGUGCCAUAUUUUGGUUGUGUAUAUUUUUUUUUUUAAUUUAAAUUUUAUGUUAAAAGAACAAAGAGAAUUGUAAUUGAUGAUAUAAGGUUCCAUUUUUACAUAUAAUUAAUUGGUGCCAUUUACCUCUAAUAGGUGACUGCUGAUAAUAUUGUUAUAAAUCAUAAUUAUUACAUGUAUUUAUUUUUAAAUAUAACUUGAAGUUUUACUUUGUACUGACUACCUUCAACAGGUUGAAUUUAAUUUCACUUGUACUACGCAUUACUUUAGAGUGGAAACAUAUAGUUAGCUCUUCAAUUUAAAAUUUGUAUUCUUGAUAUUUUGGCAAGAAAAGAAUUAUUUUCAAAAGAUGUGGAAAUAAAAAAAUCCUGAAAAAAAUAUUUUAAAGAGAAAUACACAAAUAUUGAUACUUGAUAUUCAAAUAAAGAAGUUUUUUUUUAUAUUUCAUAUUUUAAGCAUCCACAUCUAAAUAUUUUCCAUCUAAGUAUGGAUUUAAACUAUUUUAUGGCAUAGUAACAAUAGACAUACUGUGGAUUCAUUCAAUUUUGUGCAUGGGUAUCAAUUUUCAUGGAUUGAGGAAACUUUUUGUGGGAUAUUUGAUUUAUGGUUUUGCCAAUCACUUCAUACAUAACCUAUAGAAUAUUUGUUAUUUGUCGAAAAUUUUGUUCCAUUGUUCACCUGAACCCACGAAAACCACUAGAAUUGGUAUCCAAUGAAUGAUAAUGAAUCCAUAGUAUUGAAAAGUCGGAAGUGCAUUAGUUAACAAAAUAGGCUAAACAUAUUGAUAGGUUAUGAAGCUUCUUUUCAAGAUGUUUGAUUAUAAAAAAGGCUUGAAAAUUUCAAGUAACAAGUAAUUUUAUUGUUAAUUCUAUAAACUCAUAGUCUGUUUAUGUAGACUUAAAGAUACUGUAUCAAUUACUGAAACUUUAUGUUUUUAUUACAUAACAAAGAAUAUUGUAUAUUUAAUUUGCUAACUUUACAUAAUUAUUUAUAUAUUUGGUUGUGUACAUAUAAUAACAUGAAUAAUAUAUCCUAUCUCACUUCUUGAACACUUUUGAUUUUAUGUUUAUUUACUGCAAAUGUAUAUAGUUUUAACUUUAUUUUGAUUGUUUAAGUCUAUUCUUGAAACAAAUAUUCUCAAAGUCACUUUUACCUUUAACCACCACCAUGAGAUGAUUAAUUCAAAAUUGUCUUUUCUUUGUUAUUAAAAUAAUAUUGCCCUGUAACUUAUGAAUUAUCAUAAAGGUCGUCAAAUGGCACAACGUUUCUACAGGAAUAGCCUAAAGAGACAAUAGGUUGAUUUUACAGACUGCAGUUACACUAAUGUACAACUAUUAGGAAAUUGUAUACAUGUAUAAACUAUAUAUUAAUCACAAUUUGUCUUAAUUAUUUUAGGUUGUUUGCAAUUUGUAAUAUUUAUGGAUCUUUUUAUGUA